AUGAGUGUGCGCAAAGCGCAUAACUCCGGUCGAAACCACCUGAGAAACGUGGUGGAUUACUACCAACAAAUCGGUCAAGAAAAGGCCCAGUCCGUCAUCGAUUCCAUCACCUCCUCCUACGCCGCAGAGGGCCAGCAGGUCCCCAACAUGAUGCCUCCAGGCGCUUUCCCUCCUCCUUUCGGCGGCUUCCCUGGCCACCCCGGCAUGCCCCCUCCACCAUUCGGAAUCCCACCACCCGGUGCCCCCGGCGCUCCCGCUAUGAUCCCUCCCCCAGGAGCCCACGGUCUUCCCUUCCCGCCGCCUUUCAACGCCGGAACCCCUCCAACAGGCGGCUUCCCCCCUCCCCUCCCUAACAUGCCCCAGGGCGGCAUUCCUCCUCCAGGCGCAGGCGGCUUCCCUAACCUUCCUUUCCCUCCCCCCGGUGGUUUCCCACCCAUGCCUCAGGGUAUGGGCCCGGUCCCUGGUGGCCCCGCUCCUGGUGGGCCAUCUAUCCCUACAGGUCCGCGCGGCUUGGACGCAUAUCCUCCUCCCCCUGGGGGCGGUCCUCCUUCUGCGAUGGACCAGCGGUGGUGA